GCUGGCUAUGGAGAACAAGCGAACUGAAUAUUUUUCUCAUGUCAGACGCCCAGUCAGCUUGACAAUCAGUAACAUCAUUAAAGGGCAUCCUCAACAUUAUUUACAGUUAUUUGACUUGGUCGUGACAGAUCAUGCAUCCUAUAGAAGUGUCAAUCCCGUCUUUUCGAUCGGAGGGCAGUAAAGUGGAGAAAGGCUACACGGUUUUCAAGAUCGAGGUGCUGAUGUGUGGUAGACAGCAUACUGUUGAGAAACGAUACAGUGAAUUUCAUGCGCUACAUAAAAUGCUAAAAAAGAUUAUUAAACCUCUUGAAAUCCCUUCAAAACAUGUGAGGAACUGGGUGCCUAAGGUUCUUGAGCAGAGAAGACAAGGACUAGAACUCUAUCUUCAGACUAUAAUCAUGGAAAAUGAGGUUCUUCCAAAGAUAUUCUUGGAUUUCCUCAAUAUCCGGCAUUUCCCAUCACUGCCAAAAACUGAGAGUUGCGGAUCAUUUGAAACUGAAUCAGAGGAAUCAAGUAAACUGACACACCAGCCAGCACUGCUCUUCCAGAGGGAUCCAUAUCUGCUACCCACCACAAAUGAUACAUUUUCCAACAUGGUAAUUGAAGGUGUGCUACGUGGAAUAUUCUAUCCAGACUUCCAGCUGAGGUAGAUCUCAGCACUACAGACAACAUCAUGUCCGCUUCAUGGAUCUAAAGGGAUUUAUAUAAGAAACACUAAAUCACACAGUACCAGUUUAUCAGACUCACUCAUCACAGUUUUAAUUUUAUAUUUUUGUGUCUACACUCUGUGACGUUUUUGCCUAGUUUUUUGGUUUCCUUUAUAUGCAUGGAUUGAGAUUUAUUAGUUCACAUGAUGUGUCUCAUUUCAUCUCAAGACUGAAAGUGUGACCUCAGCAUAUAUUUGCACAUCUGUAAGAAAGAACAAAAUGACAUGUCGCAAUUUGAACCAAGUUUACAUGUCAUAUGAGGUCAGUACAGAAGGAUGUCUUUUUCAUUGACCUUAUAUUACUCCAAAUGGGGUGAAUUUUUAGGAAUCAUGAGUGCUUGAAAGAAAUUAUUGAAGAGCCUUGCACCUUUCCAUUAUGUUACUGAAUUACUCUGUUGAUUUGACAGUUAUUGAUUGCCAGCCUUGUCUUACCAUGAGCAAAAAAGGGAACUAAUUGUUUAGUUUAAUAUAUGUGUGAGCAUGUAAACGCUAGCUUAAAAGCUUUUAUGUGGUUAGUUCACCCAAAAAUGAAAAUUCUCUCAUCAUUUACUCACCCUCGUGCCAUCCCAGAUGUGUAUGACUUUCUUUCUUCUGCUGAACGCAAAUGAAGAUUUUUAGAAGAAUAUUUCAGCUCUGUUGGUUCAUACAAUGCAAGUGAAUGUUGACCAAAACUUUGAACCUCCAAAAAGGAGAUAAAUUCAGCAUAAACAUAAUCCAUAAGACUCCAGUGGCUUACUCAAUGACUUCUGAAGCGAUCCAGUUGGUUUUGGGUGAGAACAGACCAAAAUAUAACUUCUGUAUCACUGUACAUCUUGCCAUAGCAGUCUCUAGGCACGAUCAUUUGAAGUUCAAUUACACUUCCUAUAGUGCCAUCUAGCGCUCUAUACAUGCGUCAGGUGCUAGGAAGUGUAAUUGAGCUUGAAAUCAUGAUCGUGCCUUCUAGAGACUGCAAUGGCAAGAUGUAUAGUCAAAAAGGAGUUUGUACUCACCCAAAACCAGCUGGAUUGCUUCUGAAGAUACGGAUUUAACCACCGGAGUCAUAUGGAUUACUUUUAUGCUGACUUUAUGUACUUUUUGGAGCUUCAAAGUUUUGGUCACCAUUCAUUUGCAUUGUAUGAACCUACAGAGCUGAAAUAUUCUUCUAAAAAUCUUCGUUUGUGUUCAGCAGAAGAAAAAGUCAACAUCUGGGAUGGCAUGAGGGUGUAUGAAGAGAGAAUUUUCAUUUUUGGGUGAACUUUCCCUUAAGCACUACUGAUGGGAAAAGUAAUGGAUGAGUUAACGUAAUUUGAGAGGUAAUAUGAUUUACAACUUUUGUUAAGGCUGUCUGUUGUUUAGCUAAUUAAUAUGCUGACAGUAAAACUGACACAGAAUUUAUUAGGUUAUAUAUCCAGAUACAUACCAAGCAGUUCUUUUUAAAGUGUUUGUUUUCAAGUACGUCUUAAAUGUGUGUUUGGACUAUGUGCCAUUCCAUUUAAUGUUAUUGACACUUUGAAUUGUUGUCUCAUGCACUUUAAAUUGUGUGAAAAGAUCAGUUCUAACUGAAUAUCAUUUUGAAAACUGACAGCAAUAAAACAACACAUUUAUUCAUUA